AUGAUGAUGCAGAUGAUGAAGAACCGAGUGCCUAGAAACACCGCCCUCAUCAUCCACUGGGUGUUUAGCUGCGUAGCAAUCCUCAUCAUGACGCUACGGUUGGCCUGGAGGAAGUUGGCAAAGCAGUCCUUUAUUCUUGGCGACUACUUCACCGCGGGUGCCAUUGCCUGUGCCUUCGUAAGACUGGCCGUCAUUCACGUCGUUCUCGUUUGGGGAACGAACAGUAUGCCCAGGCGAUACCGAUUAGACCACGACUUUACCGCAACAGAAAUCUACCAGCGUGAGAUAGGAAGCAGAUUGUCAAUCGCUGGCCGCUUCGUCUACAUUUCAUACCUCUGGCUACAGAAGCUCGUGCUUCUAGACCUCUACCGCCGACUCAUUCUCGAUCUUGCAUAUGAAAAGAUUAUUACAUGGGGGUACAUCAUCGUCUUUUGCGCGUCCUAUGUUGCGGUCGAAGUCGUCACCUUUACCGAAUGUAGACCGUUUCGACUAUACUGGCAGGUUGUGCCAGACGCAGGUCCUUGCGCCAAGGCACCCAUUCAACUCCUCACUCUUGGCAUUCUCAACAUCGUCACCGACUUCAUGUUACUCGUCCUACCAAUACCUGUCGUCGCGUCUUUGAGAGCGCCGUGGAGGAGAAAGGCGCAGCUCUACCCCCUCUUCACACUCGGCAUAUUCAUCAUCGUCGUCACCAUUGUGCGUCUGCGAAUCAACUAUGUCAACAUCGGGAGCCAAGGAAGCCGCACCACCUGGGCCAGCGCAGAACUGCUGACGGCUGCUGUUGUCGUCAACGCCCCCACCCUGUAUGGCCUGUGGAAUAAGCGCAGACGGGAUAAACUAGAGUGGGCUCGCCAGAGGGAGCGAGAGGAGCGGCGAAGAAACGGCAAUGGGCCGAUGCACCCCGACACCAUUGGCGGCAGCAACGAAUCGUAUGAGAUGCAACGGAAGCGCAAGCCAACCGCGCGUGGCAUACUGGUCACCAAGGAUGUCAUGGCCCGUCUUGCCUCCCAAUGUGUUCCAUGUGGUCAGCUCGUCCAACAAACCGGGCCGGCCGCGACGGCGAUUCGUGCGGGCCGCAGCUCGACUAGCGCCGGUUCGGGAAGCCGUGCCCUUGCAUUGACAGGAACAGCCAAUGACGCAGUCACCGCGGAUUUGAGGGUGCAAGACCGCCGUGCAAGACGAGAUGCGAGCACAAGAACCGAGUGGCCCGUCGAGAUUUUGCAAUUUUGCCUCGCGAGAAAAGACCCGCAUCAUUCUGGAGCGUUUGCAAUUCACCUGGCCAAGACGCCCGAGGCUGCUUCAAUCAAUCGACACCAUUACAUCCCCAUGGCACGAUACGUUGCCGCCACGGCACUGAUGCUGUCCGCAUCUCCGGCCGCCCCCAAGUCACGCCGGGACUGUUUCCAUCCUACACAUCGCUCUCGAUUGGAUUAA